GACGCUGCAUGGCUGCGGAAAACGGAUGUUGCGUAGCUGGAGGACGCUAAAGUUUUGAACCGUUUUGAGCGGCGGAAUCAGUGCUCAGGGGAACGCCGCUUUUUGGUUAAGUUUUUACAUGUUCACUAACAGUGUGCCCUGUUUUAGCACGUUCUCGUUCUGCUCGUGAAAGCCAAACGAAACCGUAAGAGAGGAAAGGACGAGCGUUACGUUUGCUCGCUUUAGCUCGGCUAACGAUCACCAUGAGCAAAUAUGAGCUGUCAUCGGAGAGACUGGACACUGAGUUUGACCAUUUUCUGCUGGACAUGAAGCCAUAUGUCCUCAAACACCCAAGCAAGACAGAGCGUCAGCGCUGUGCCCAAUGGAUAAAGAAGCUGUGCGACCCAGCCACAUGUGGUUCAGGUCUGAUUGGUCGCAAGAACCGCAACAUGUAUGCCCGUUUGCUCCUUCAGAUGCUCAAAAGAGGGGUCCUGGAUGGGCCUUUCACCAGCAAACCAGAGCCAGGAAGUCUUAAAACACUUCCUACAUACAUGUCCAUCUACUUUGAUGAGCCACUGAGCAGCCUGAGUGUGGAGCACGGUGUUAGAAGCCUGCCCGACUGGGUGACGGGGGAGCUGAGUGGCUGUUCUGAUGACAGUUUAACAAUGGAUCUGUUUAAGGACAAACCCAGUUCUACACCUGUUAAAGAUCAUCACAGGAGAAGGCCAUAUGAGGAUAGGGCAGCAUCACGACCCGUGUCUUCCAGUCCACUGAGACAAUCACCCAGACAAGUUACAAGAAUGGUGGAUGGGGAGCCAAACCAUAUAUCUCCCGAUGACAGUGACCUGGAGGCUCGUCUCAACAGCUGGAACCUGGGGAUUGAGAAGCCAAGGUAUUUGCGAGAGGAGCCCGUUCCCUUGUCACCAAUUUUCAAGUCAAGCUUUGGGGGGAAGAGUAACUUGGCCAGUGAUCAGGGUGCACAACUGUUACAGAGCAAAGAGACCGAGAUGAAGAUCAAAGUGUUGGAGGCCAAGCAUCAGGAGGAAAAACUGAAGAUGCAGCAGAGACACGAUGCAGAGGUUGAGAAAAUUCUGGACCGAAAAAAUGGUGAGAUUGAGGAGAUUAAGAGCCUUCACCGGACCAAGCAAAAAGAAUCAGAGGAGACGAUCCGUAAGCUGGAGAAGAAAGUUCAAAGUGUGCUGCGAGAAUCCCAGGUCAUCUGCGAGAGCAAAGAGAAGCAGAUUGCAGAGCUGAAGAAGAUGUCGGAUCAGAGCGCCGACUCUUUAAAAAACGAGUGGGAGAAGAAGCUGCAUGCUGCCGUGACAGAGAUGGAGCAGGAGAAGUUUGAAUUGCAGAAGAAACACACACAGAAUAUCCAGGAACUGCUGGAGGACACCAACAUCCGACUGGCUAAGAUGGAGUCUGACUAUAAUGCACGAUCACAAGCAACUGAGCAAACGAUGAGAGAGCUCGAGCUCCGGGUGAAACAGCAGUCAGCAGAAGUGGAGAAGGGCAACACGCUGCGUCAGAAAGUGACACAGGAGAAGGCUGAGCUGGAGAUCCACAUUGCAUCUAUCAGCACUGAACUCCAGGAGGCCAACAGACGGAUUAUGAUCCUGCAGAAGGAGAAGGAGGAGCUGAGCGAGCAGCAUGAGCAGGCCACGCAGAAGCUCCAAGUCAAGUACGAGACCGACUUGAGCCACUUGCACCAUGAGCAUGCUCUCUCGGCUGCUAAGGCCUCUGAGGUGAUGGCAGAUUUAGAGAAAACUGUGGCUCAGAUCAAACAGCAGCUCGAGGACAGUGAACAUCGAAGACACCAACAAGUCAGGGAUCAAGAGAUGAAGUUUCAGCAGGAAAAAGAUGAACUGCUGAUCAGCUGUGAGAAAAAGGUUUUGGCACUUCAAACUGAGGCAGAGAAGGAAAAGGCAGAGGCUAAAAGGAAGAUAGCCAAACUGGAAGAAGCACUCAGGGAGAAGGAGAGCCAGCUGGACAGAGCAAGGGAGAGCCAAAGACAGCACAUCCAGCAGGCAGAUAUGGCGCUGGAGCAGUUCAAGAAACAGGUGGAGCUCAGCUCUGAGAAGGCCUACGCUGACAUGAAACUGCAGAUGGAGAAGGUAGAGGAGGACCUGAAGCGCUCCAGGUCCCUCAGGGAGAAGCAGGCCAAAGAGUUCUCGCAGCAACUCGACGACCUCAGACAGAAGUUCGAGCAGCAGAUGGCUGAGCAGCGCAUGCAGCACGAGCAGGAGAGGACGCGGCUACAGCAGCAGCACAGCGCGGAAAAGGACAGCCUGGUCCAGGAGCACCAGCGGGAGGUGAGCAGCCUGGAGAGGCAGGCCAGGGCCGCCCUACAACAGCACCACCAGCACACCCAGGAGUGGAGGAAGCGCGAUGCCCAGACAAUUGCAGAUUUGGAGGCCCAGUUGUCAGAGCUACGUGAGGACCUCAAGAAGGCCCAUGCCCAGCAUAAGCAGCAGCUGGCCGAGAUGGCGUUGCUCCAGGAGGAGGAAAAGCAAAGAGCAACCCUGGACAAGCAGGCAUCCCUGGACCGGCUCGAGAGAAACCACCAGCAGGAGAAGGAUGCUGCACAUGAGAAGACCAACAGCAGGCUGAAGCAGAUUGAGAGGGAGUACAGUCAGAAGCUUGCCAAAUCUGCCCAGCUUAUUGCGGAGCUACAGACGUCUGUAUGUGAUUCAAAGGAGGAGGCGAUACGUCUGCAGACGGCAAUGGAGAAGCAGCUAAAAGAGGCCAGUGCUCGCUGGGAAGAGGAAAGAAAGACAGUAACCCACCAUGCCGAUCAGACCCACAAGGCUCUGCAGGAAAAGGUGGAAAGUCUACAGAGACAGCUGCACUUGGCAGAGAAGAAUCUGCUAAGCAAAGAGCUGGAGACUGAAGAGAAGGUAACCAUGGUGCAUAAGGAGUAUGAGGAGAAGAUCAAAGGUCUGAUGCCGGUGGAGCUCAGGCAGGAGCUGGAGGACACAAUCAGCUCACUGAAAGCUCAGGUUAACUUCCUUCAGAUGAGAGCCUCUUUGCUACAGGAAGACCUGGAUGCCUGUCGCAGCAGCAGGUAACAGCACGGUAACGUCAGGCUGAUCUUCCGCCCGGACAUGAAGGACGGCGUCGCCGAUCAGGUGUGAGCACUGUUGGCUGUUACGAGUAUUUCACACACCUGCCACGUCAUCUUUUACUUUGAAAGACUGUUUUUCUUUCUCCAUUGGUUUAACAUCUGAAAUAUUUAUUCAUUGUCAGAUUUUCGUUUUGUCUUGUUCAAAAAAAAAUUCUCAUGUUUUUAGCUUUUUGUAUUGUUGUUUUUCAUAUCAUUAUUAACUUGAUGUUAUUGAUGUUUUUUUAAAUAUAUCAACUGCUUUUAAUAAAACACUUUGCUUCAGUUUUCUAUUGUCCUCCUAUUAUUUUUUCCUUAUUCCGAGCAUGUUUUUCAUCUUCUUCAAAUACCUCAUAAUUAAUCCCUUAUUUAGGGGGAGCUGUGCCAUUGCCUUUGUUUUUCAAUGACCACAAAAUGCAUGUUAACCAAGAUUAGCUGUGUAACUACAGUCCCAGACCUUGAAAUCCCAUCUCCCCAUCACUGUUUAGCAUUGCCUUUCUGCUUAAGACCCCAUUUGAACUGUAAAGAGUAGUUGGGGGGGUUUGUGGUUGUUUCAGAUAAAGACCGCCGCAAGUCGACUGUUUGAAUCUCAGGCCAAAGGCUACAGUCCUCGGCCCCAGUGUUUCUGCCUCUGCGCACCACUUUGUGUUUUUACCAGCGGCUCAAACCCAAGCCGAUGAUGGAGUCCGCAAAAUGGUCACCCCGUCUCCAAAGUCUCCAGCUCAGAGGCUUUUUGAUGAUAAUAACAUUUGGUGGCUCCAUAAUGAGCCAUUGUCUGUUGGGUGCUCUGUAUGCUAGGUGAGGAAUGCAUGGGCUCGAAUUGAUUUUUGGACAGUUUGGAGGUGUUAUUAAAUCCCUUAAAUCAGAUUGGAUUUCAAAGAGAGGCGUCUGCACGUAUUUGCACUGGAACGGCUUUUCUUCUGACGCCCGCAGUUCGCGUGUUGCCGUUGUCCGUGACCUUUUUCCCGCUGUCUCCAAAUGAAACACGAUUCCCUUUGCUCUGUAUUUAUUUGAUGUGCUGAUUCUGCUGCCCAGGCAGAGACAGAGGAGAAGAAGAAUAGAAAAAAAGAGACAGAAAGGAGAGAGGAGUGUCAAACCAGCAGGAAUUUAGUCUUUCAGCACAAAGCCUUUGUAGAGCGUGUUGUUUCUGGACGACGUGCACAGAGGAAACAUAGCUAUUACAACACAGCAUCUUCAGCGCAUGCCUGUACAUCUAAGGAAGUAUGCGAAAGGGUGGUUUGCAUGGUGUUUGUAAUUACAUUGCCUCUCCUCUCAUUGACAGUGUCUGGGGUUUUGCACGUUAAAGUGCAUUAUUAUUAUUGCAUAGUUUUAAAAAAAGAAAAAGUGCCGAGGGUUUUCGUGUCUCUGGGAGCACCCAACCCAAAUGAAAGUACUUUAUACAUCAUUUCCAACCACUUACAGAGACAAGUUUUAAUAGCAGGGACUGUAUGUGAACAUGGCUGCUGCUCAGUAUUCAAGUUAGGUUGGGACGUGGUACUGAGCUCCUGAGUCUUUAAAUUUCAGGUAGAUCAGCUGGUGUCUUUGAUCAAAUUUAAAAAGAAAACUUUCAUCGAUCCAUCACAGAUUAGCUUUUAAAAAGUUGGCGUGUUUCAUGGCCAGUGAGUGUUGUAAAAGCACCCGGCACACAUCCUCUCGUCUUAGCCAAAAAAAAUGUUUUUCUGGGCCGUGAGCGUGCACAAAUUGUUUCAAAAGCAGAGCAAGAUUUUGACUUUCCAUCUUUGGCUGCGGUACACAAAUUCAUUCUCAUGUAAUUCUGAGACAGUCAGAUGGGAGACAUUUGAUGAACUAACACAGAAUCAUCCAGUCUUACAGAUGCUGACAGUGCAACACUGGUUUAAAAAAUCUUGAUAGUUGUUAAUAAGUAAUAAUGAUAACAUUGGUUGUGUUCUUGCAUUGCUUCAACGUUAGCUACUCAUACAUUUAUGUACAGUCCCCAUAAACCAUUACCUACUUACAUAUGUUCAGUAUGGGACCAUUUUGAAGGGGGUAAAGACCUCAUAAUCGUGUCCUUGUUGCACCAUUUUCUACAGGAAUUGUAUUUCCUUUCCACGUCUCUUUACUCUUAAUGCUCAAAUAUAAACUCAUCUGCCGCUUUAUUAAGGACAUCUUACCUUCAGAAGUGCCUUAAUUCUUCAUGACUGGAGGUUCUGGAAACAUGACAUGACAGCAUCUCUCACUUGCUGCAGCUGACUAUUGGAUUGAGAUUUCCAGCCUUUAAAGGCCAUUUGACUAACAUGAACUCAAUGUCAUGUUCAAGAAACCAGAUGAUUUGAGCUUUGUGACAUGGUGUGUUAUCGUGCUGGACGCAGAAAUCAGAAGAUCGGCACACUGUGGUCAUAAAGAGAUGGACAUGAUCGCCAAGAGUGCUCAGGCAGGCUUAAACGAUUCUUACUUUGUACUAAGAAAGAAAUCCCCCACUACAUUCCACCACAACCAGCAGUGUGAACCAUUGAUAUAAGCCAGGAUGGAUCCAAGCUUUAUGUUGUUUACUCCAACUCCACUGCUCUAAACCUACUAACCCUACCAUUGGCAUUUUGCAGCAGAAAUCACGACUCAUCAGAGGCAACAUUUUUCCAAUCUUAUCCAGGUGAACUGUAGCCUGGGUUUCAUUAUAUUAUGGCAGGAGUGGCACCUGGUGUGGUCUUUUGCAGUCCAUCUGCCUCAAGGUUCGACAUGUUGUGCGCUCAAAGAUGCUCUUCUGCAUACCUCAGUUUCAACAUCAACAGGGCAUUUUCUCCCUGAAAACUGCUGUUCGCUGUGUGUAAAAAUCCCAUCAAAUACUCAUACCAACCAUGCCACAAUCCAGCUGACUUAAAUCACCUUUUGUCCCCUUUCUGAUGCUGAUUUUGAACUUCAGCAGGUGUCCUCAGCAUGUCUAACACGCCUAAAUGUGUUGAGAAGCUGAUUGGCUCAUUAGAUAUUUGCGUUAACGAGCAGUAAAACAGGUGUACUUACUGAAGUGACAGUGAGCCUGUAUAAAUUCAGCUUGAUUUAUAGUUGCGCCUUAUGAGGUUGCACGCUAGCUACAGAGCCUUGGUACAUAAAUACAGAAACUAAGCAGCGUGUCACGACUAAGGCAGCUUUAGAGAAAACCUUACAUAAACAACGUAAUUAUGACAAAUGUAAGGAUUAACACGAGGCACCAUGCAACGUGAAGGAAAGAAUGUAAACUUGGGUUGUGUGAGGCAUGGGGGGAUUAAAUUCAAUAUGGUUGUAGUGUUGCUCUCAUCCAUUGAAGUGUAACAGUGAACUAAAAAUCUGAAUCAGCAAGAGUCCCAUUAACCCCAAAAUUGACGUCAUCACUGUAACUGACGCAACCGAGCCGACACACGUGGUAUUUAUUAGCUGCUGUUUCCUGAACCUGCGCCUGCUGAUGGGUAUUUGCUUCAAACGGUAACAAUAUCUGCGUCCUCUUUUUACCUUUACAUCAAAAAGAGAUGUUUUACGCCCGGAUAUUGUCUCCUGGGUGAUUUUUUUUUUUUUACUGUAAACACGAGAACUGACAGAAGUAGGUGCAAAUUUUUUUUUUUUAAAAGUUGGAGAUCAAGCCACAUCUGGUUUAACCUCUGCAUAAAGAUCAUCUAUAAAAAAUGUCAAACACCCACUCCCGAGUCUGUCAUUAGAAAGAGGGCUGCAGACGCGGUUAGACAAUAAGACGGGCACUUUGUUUGAAGCAUACGGAGCUAUUAAGGUUGGCUGUAGAUCUAAAGGUUAAUGUGUUCUUGGGCUUAUUUAGCAGAAGCCCGUUUUCCUCAUUUACACCCAAAUAGGCUCCAGCCAUAACCUUUCCUUUAAUCUGUGUUAUUACUCGGACAUAGUUUCACUCUAAUUGAUUGUCCACCAACCAAAUUACCUCCAUAAUUGUGCUUGUGUAAAUACAAGCCAUGAAUGUCAUUUCCACAGAGCCGACAUGGCCCCAUUAAGGAUCAAAGCCCUCGCUUCCUCUCGGCUAUCUCCACAUCAGACAAGCGGACUGUUAUGUGACAACAGUGAAGGGCAGUUAGGCAGCUCCAGAGGUUUGCACUCAUCCACCGUGUUCUUCCUUGCUGCUGCUGCCGCUGCUCACGGCUGAUGUGUGACGCUCGUUCAGCUGAGAUUCCGGCUGAUUUUUAACGGGGCUCGCUUCAGCUGGAGGUUUUGGUGUUUCGCUGUCCUAAUGAGGGUUUUCUCGAGCGCGUGGGAAUUUUAAAUGCCGCCGCAGCCGAGAUCAAAAGUGCUGCAUGUCACUGAAUCUGAAAUGAUGCUGUUUCUCUGUGCAGAUGAACCUUAAACUGUUCUUUUCUGUAUGUGUUUUACACCUUUAGGAUAUCAGAGAGGUUAUUUGAGGACAUUCAGUCGCUGGCAAACCGAACAGACUGCCGUGUGCGUGUAUAUACCUUAGUCUCAGCCCUUGUGACAAGCCGCCGGGAAUGACUGUACAUCAGUGUUUGAUUGACAAAGUUGCUGCUUGUGUGUGUGUGUGUGAUCAUACGUGCAGCUGGGUCUUUUUAUAGAGCUUCAUUGUGAGUCAGACCCUAGGAGGCCGGCGUUUGGCUGCUGUACACUGCUUGCAUAAAUAAACCUGUUUAUCGCCAGCACUUCUGUCUCUC